GGAGCCCAGUUGCCUCAUUUCUGAAGUGGGACUAGGAAGAGAGGAUGUACAAUUCCCUGGACUACCUAGCCUAUCCUGUAAUCGUCUCCAAUCACAGGCAGACCACAACCUUCAGGAAGAGACUGGACCUUGGCAACUAUAUAUCUCACAAGAAUAGAAUAGAGAUAGUGAAACCUACCGUGGACACCAAACCUCCAGCGGCCCAUGCACAUUACAUUUUACAGAUGAGAAAACUACAGAGUGAACAAAAGCGAAUCGACAAAAUCGAACAUGAAAACAAGCAACUGUGCCAGAAAAUCGCCAACGCCCAUCGCGGCCCUGCCCAGGUGGAUUGCUGGAACGAGUAUUUUUCCAAGAGCUUAAACAGAGAAACAAGGAACCGGGACCUAGUGAGAAUCACCAUGGAAAACCAGGGCAUUCUGAAGAGGCUGGGGGAUCGCAAACCGCACUACGACCGCAAGUUGUCCGAGGUGGACUGGCAGAAAUCAAGACGUUACAUCAGAAAUACAACAAGGUACCUUCUCUCCCGAGAUAAAUAGGUAUGUCUCACCCCAGCUACUCUUUACUAUAGAACACGGUGGCCACACUGGAUACCAACCCUGAGAACUGUAUGGAGAGUGAAGGGCCCAGCUAUGAGGGGAAUUCGCUCUUCUGUAAAAUCAAUUGGUCAUCCGUUCAGAGACCUUAGAGGUCUGCCUCUGUUUUCUCUCCAAUUAAGGAGGAAAUGACUGUCUUUUGUCACCGGCUUUGAGGCUUUCCAUGAGUCU